UUUUUUUUUUUUUUUCUAGUCUUUUAUUUUUCCUUUUCUUCCUUUUUUUCUUUCGCUUCCCCUCUAGUAAUCUUCAAUCUUACCGCAACAUCCCCUCGAGGGAUGGCUCCUUGUACAUAUUCAUACAUAUCACGUUACACAAUAACUAUCUAGAUGGAUGUCCGCAGCAUUAAAAUGUUCUUAGAAAAUCACCUAACAGUUGAGCUCCCAAAAGUUUAUAUUUCAGCAUCUCAGUUCUCGCUUGUGGUCGGUCUCCGUGUAAUACUUUUCCCCCAGGCACUUUCUCCGCUCAGGAGGGAUCAGCGAUAUCAUGCAUGGAAAUUAUUGUUUAUUAUUUAUUUUUCAGUUUCCUUUCUUUUCUUUUUUUCUUCAUGCAUUUAACCAAUCCUUCCAACAUUCAUUCCAAUCCCUGUUACCAUUGGGCACGAACAUCUCAGAUUCAGCACAGGCAGCUCAUGGGCAGUGAUCAGGAGGGAAAGUAUGUCAGUAUGUCAAUAUUGACGCGGUUCCGAAAAUAACCUGGGUUGGAAUUAUGAUGAAAACGGCUACGUACUACUCUGUACUAGUUCAAUCUCUUUCCGUCGCAGUAAGGUAUCGCUGUAGGUACUAAGAUGAUAUCAAAGUACAUAUAAGGAAAAAGAAAAGAAGAACAUUAAGCAAAAAAAACCUCCGAUUCGCAUCAAAAAUCAUUCAAAGAGUAGAAGGAAUAUGGCCCGCUAGUUCAGA